AGCCGUCUAGCGUUUCAUUCGUGUCCUUCCGCAUAUCCAUCAGUGGCGACGAGAUACCCGCGAUAUAAAAAAUAUUAAAAUGUCGUUUUCGAAUAUGAGCAUUUUAUCCAAUUUCGAUCACAGUCUGCAAACGUGGAAGACUUUCAAAAGCAGGAUAGCUCAAUGGUUCAUCGCGAACGACAUAGAUGCGGUGAAAGACCCCUUGGGAGUGAAAAGACGAGCGUUCUUACUCAGUGCAUUGUCAGAUAGUACCUACAAGUUGGCAUCUGACCUUGCGUUGCCGAAAGAAUUGCAAGAGGUGCCAUAUGAAGACAUUCUGCGCCUUUUAGAUGCACAUUUUACGCCGAAACAAGUUGGUUUUGGUGAACGGCAUAAAUUCUAUUCGGCAGAACAACUACCUACGGAAUCGGCGCAACAAUGGGCGGCGAGACUUCGCGGCCUCACAGCAUACUGUAACUUCAGUAAUGUAGAAGAGGUGUUGCGCGAUCGAUUUAUAAUGGGAAUGUUGCCGGGACCCGAGAAAGAGAAGCUGUACGUGCAGGACCUGGCAGAGCUGACAUUAGCCAGAGCGGUGGAGCUGGUCGAGAAUCUACGCAGCGCGCGCGCGGCCGCCAUUGCGGCUACGCCAAAUACAUCCGACGCUUUGUUUAAGAUCGCGAAUAAAGUGCCAUAUAACAAGAACAAUAGUGAGAAUAAAGAAAAGUGUUCAGUGUGCGGCUAUAAAAAUCAUAAGUCGUCAGAGUGUCGUUUCGCGAGUUUUAUUUGUAAGAGAUGUCAUAAAAAGGGUCACUUGCGUCGAAUGUGCAAAGCAGUCAAAUGUGUAAAUACGGAUGCGACCGGUGAGAGCGAUGACGAUGGUGAGUUAUAUCUUAUUCGAUCAAUUAAAGGGGAGCCGUUAGUGGAAACAGUAUGUGUAAACGGGGUAAAAAUUCCCUUUGAAGUGGAUAGUGGUUCGGCCGUUACUGUCAUAUCUAAUAGAACCUAUUCAAUGUAUUUUCCGAAUGUACCAUUAUCGAACACUAAUAAAAAACUCGUCAGUUACACGGGGGAGAUCAUUGCAUGCGUAGGCUGUGCACCUAUGACGGUGGAAUGGAAGGGACGUACGAAUAAACUACAAGUGUAUGUUGUUCGUCACGGCGGAUCGCCCCUCCUCGGUCGAGAUUUUAUAGCGAAAUUCGAGUUACAACUAUCACCGGUAUUUAAUUGUACAGUUGCAAGUGAUAUACAUUCAUUACAUUUACGUUAUUCAGACAUAUUUUCUAAUAAAUUAGGCGAAUUUAAUAGGCAUAAAGUUUCAUUACAUUUGAAACCAGACGCAAAACCCUUAUAUUUCAAAGCACGCCCCAUGCCGUUCGCAUUGCGUGAUAAAGUAGACCAGGAAAUAAACAGGCUUCUAGAUUUAGGAAUACUCAAACCCGUAUCACACUCAGAGUACGCGUCGCCGAUCGUUCCUGUGUUAAAACGCGACGGAUCGGUUCGAUUGUGUGUUGAUUACUCAGUUAGUCUAAAUAAACAAUUAGUAGUUGACAAAUAUCCAUUACCGACUAUAAAAGAAUUAUUUUCGAAGCUUCACGGCGGUCAGCAGUUUUCCAAAUUAGACUUAUCAAUGGCUUAUAACCAAUUCAUUCUAGAUGAUCAGUCACAAAAGUACACUUGCAUCAAUACCCAUCGCGGCCUUUUUGUAUUUACAAGGCUAGUUUUCGGGUUAGCGAGCGCGCCUGCUAUUUUUCAACGCGCAAUGGACGAGUUGCUUUCCGGUAUCGACGGCGUACUGUGUUUAUUAGAUGAUGUCUGUAUCACGGGCCGCAACCGUGCUGAACAUCUCGAAAGGCUACACACGGUAUUACAACGCUUACAAGCAGCCGGGCUCGUUUUACAGCGGGAGAAAUGUGAAUAUUUUAAGGAUGAGAUUAACUACUUAGGAUAUAUUAUUAAUAAGGAUGGAUUGAAAAAAAAUCCGGACAAAGUUAAAGCUAUAUUGGAAGCCCCCAUUCCUGCUAAUUUAAAUCAGUUACAAUCAUUUUUGGGGUUAAUUAAUUAUUAUAGAUGUUUUAUACCGGAUGCUUCGACGAUAUUAAGUCCCCUAUAUGAAUUAUUAAAAAAAGGUAUUAAGUGGCAUUGGUCAGACCUAGAAAAUAAAGCGUUUAUCCGAAUAAAGGAAAUAUUAGCUUCCGAUCAAGUGUUAGCACACUACAACGCAGAAGCAAAAAUUAUUUUAACGGUGGACGCAUCACCAAGUGGGUUAGGGGCAAUUUUAUCCCAAAUAGCGGGUGAUGGGCAAGAAAGACCGGUUGCUUUUGCGUCUCGUACCUUAAAUAGCGCAGAAAAGCAUUACUCGCAAAUACAAAAAGAAGCUACCGCUAUUAUUUUUGGUGUGCGGCGAUUUCAUCAAUACUUGUACGGUCGUACUGCACCGUUUAUUUUACGAACGGACCAUAAGCCUCUUUUAUCAAUAUUCGGUCCAUAUAAGGGCAUUCCGGAAGUAUCGGCAAACAGAUUACAACGAUACGCGUUGUUUUUAAGUAGUUACAAUUACGAGAUUGAGUAUGUAAAGAGCAAAGAUAAUGCAGCUGAUUAUCUAUCACGGGCGAGCCUACCGCUCGAGCCGGCGGACGGGGGGAAAGCGCGCGGGGAGGCAGACACCUGCGACCGCGCAGCGUAUAUUAGAUUUGUUUUUGAGGGCGCGUUACCGAUCACUAUGUGCGAGUUGCGAGAAGCAACUAUUAAAGAUCCGAUACUGAAUCGAGUUAUUACUUAUGUAUUAAACGGCUGGCCUAGAAAGGUAAGCGAUGCUUUAAUUCAACCAUAUUUUUCUUGUAGGUUGCAAUUAUCGCAUGAGAAUGAGUGUCUGAUGCGCGGGCACAAGAUAGUUUUACCGAGUUCUUUACGUAAUCAGGUUCUAAAGGAAUUGCAUUCGUCCCAUUUGGGUAUAGUGAAAACUAAGGCGGAAGCCCGGGCGAGAUUUUGGUUUCCUGGCAUAGACGAAACGCUUGAAAAAAUGAUAAGUUCGUGUGAUGUUUGUAAUCAAUUAAGGACAUCGCCACCAAAGGCACCUAUUGUUCCGUGGCCCGCCGCACCGCACCCAUUCUAUAGAAUACAUCUGGAUUUUCUGGGGCCUCUAAAUGGUCGAAUGUACUUGGUCAUAGUGGAUGCUUAUAGUAAAUGGGUCGAAGUUUAUGAGAUGAGUAGUUGUAACUCGAGCGCCGUAACGGAUAAAAUGUAUGAAUUUAUAUCUCGUUUUGGGCUACCUAAUACGAUAGUGUCGGAUAAUGGUACAGCGUUCACGUCAACAGAAUUUAGAUAUUUCUGUCAGUUAAACGGUAUUAAUCAGUUAACGUCACCGCCUUACCACCCGGCUAGUAACGGCCAAGCCGAAAUAUACGUUAAAAUUGUAAAAAAAGGCAUUAAAUCUAGUAUUUUGAGUAAUAAAAACAUGAAAGAUAGUAGAUUAAAUUUACUCAAAUAUUUAUUCGAUUACCGUAACUCUGUGCAUUCGAUAACAAAUGUUUCUCCGGCUCAGUUAGUGUUUGGGCGCAAGCUGAGGUGCCGUUUUGAUAUAAUAAAUCAUCGUUUUCCGCUUUCAUCGACCGCAUCCGCUAAUAGUAAUGUAACAUAUUUUAAUCAGUGUUCACAAACUAAUAAUGUACAUAAAAGAGAUGUAGUAUUUUUGCCUGGACAAUACGUUUUAUAUAAAAAACAUUUUAAUAAGAAAGACUAUAAAUGGUGUAAGGGUAUUAUUAUAAGAAAAAUGGGGAAAAUUUUAUACUGUAUCAAAGAUUUUGUAACAAAUUCGACAGUUAAAAAACACAAGAAUCAAAUUAUUCUAUACAAAGGCGAUAUUUUAGAUAAGCAACCUUGGGACUUAGCAAAUUCUAACGUAUCGGACACAUUAUCAUCGCAUUCUCCAACGCCUUCGACGUCUGCGACACGAGAAGCGUCCGUGCCGAGAGCAGAGGUGGAGGAGAGAGGGAACGACAGGGUGACAAAUUCACCUGUAAACAGCGGCUCGCCUCAACCGGCCACUGACGGACAGCAGCGCUCGCCCCCGUCGUGGGUGACGACGACGCGAGGCGUGCGGCGCCCGCCCGAGACCGAUGUGGAAGACGAGUGCUUCCACGACGCGGAAGCGAGCCAGCAGCAGCGCGAUGAAGUCCAGCCGCACCAAGCGGCCCCUAACGCGCGUGAGAAGCGCAACCGUCCCAAGGUUGACUUCAAAAAGUAUUUUUAAUUUAUGUUUUACUAUGGGGGAGGGACUGUUA